GGUCGUACUCCUGCACCGGGUGAGGUGCAUUUUGUGUCUGUAGGCGUCCUACCUGAUCGAGUAGCGGGUGCAGCCCGCGGCACCAGCCGCGGUAGGAGGGCCCAGCUGGGGUCUAAGGGCGCUACUCUCGCUCCCCUGCGCAGUCCUGGCUUCUUCGCCCUCUGGUCUGCCGCGCGACUGCCGGUAGCCGCCCUGUGCCCGUGCCGCCGCUUUCCUACAGCCGCCUCCUCCGAGAGCCCGGCCCACCCCGCCGUCGCCUGUCUGGUCCGCGGCUGGUUUCUGCACCGCCAGGGUCUAGACGGCUCGGUAGAUGGGCUGGACCUGUGUCUCUCGGUGCAUUAACAGGUCCCAAGUGUGGCACAGGGAGAACUAGUCCAGUCUAGGCAGCUGGGGACCUAGGGCAACCAUCUUGCACAUCCGUGCUAUCACAAGUAAGGAUUUCCGCUGCUCUGAUUGGCUGUGUGGGCCAAACAUUAUUCAUCAGCCUCCAGACUGCCCAGUGGCUCUGCUUCCACUCCUAUCCCUUUUACUUUAGUGGACAUUCACUUAGACUUCCAGAAGCUGGAAGAAGGAAAUGGACUCAGUGGUCAUUGAGGAUGUGGCUGUGGACUUUACCCUGGAAGAAUGGGCUUUGCUGGAUCUUGCUCAGAGGAAACUCUACAGAGAUGUGAUGAUGGAAACCUUCAGAAACCUGGCCUCAGUAGGAGAAAUCUGCAAAUUGUAUGGUGUUGAAGAUCACUAUAAACACCAAGGGAGAAAAGUAAGAAAGCGUGCAGUAGAGAACCUCUGUGAAAGUAAUGAAAGUAAUCAAUGUGGAAAAACCUUCGGCUGGAUUUCAAUUCUUACUGAACACAAAAGAGUUCCUCCUGAAGUGAAUCCUGUAUGCCUUGAGUGUGGAAAAGCCUUCAUGGAUCACUCUUCACUUAAGCAUCAUUUCAGAUUUUACACUGUCCGCGAUACUUACCAGUGUAAGGAAUGUGGAGGAGCCUGCAGUUGUCUCUCUCACCUAACCACUUCCAUGAGAACUCUUACUGGACAGAAACCCUGGAAAUAUAAGGACUCCAUGGUCAUUGAGGAUGUGGCUGUGGAUUUUACCCCAGAAGAGUGGGCUUUGCUGGAUGUUGCUCAGAGGAAACUCUAUAGAGAUGUGAUGAUGGAAACUUUCAAAAACCUGGCCUCAGUAGGUUCAGGUUCUCGAAACCUUAAUGAUAGAGAAAAAUUAUCAAGUGAACAUCUAAUACUACGAUUCAAGAGGAAUGACUCCUGGUCCUCCGUGUUGGGAGAAAUCUGCAAAUUGCAUGGCUUUGAAGAUCAACAUAAAAUCCCAGACAGACAUGUGAGAAGGCAUAUGAUAGAGAACCUUUGUGAAAAUAAUGAAGAUAAUAAAGGUGGAAAAACCUUCAGCUGGAUUCCAAAUCUUACUGUGUUCAAAAGAAUUACUGAGGUAAAACCUUCUGAAUACCAUGAAUGUGGAAAAUUCUUCAUAGAUCACUUAUCACUUAAGCAUCAUAUCAUAUCUCACACUGGAUACAACACCUAUCAGUAUAAUGAACAUGAAAAAGUCUGUAAUUGUUUUUCUUACCUAAGUACUCCUAUGAGAAUGCUUACUGAAGAGAAACCCUGUGAAUGUAAGGUAUGUGGGAAAGGCUGCUUUUGUAUCUCAACUGUUAAGAAUGAUGUGACAACACUCACUGGAGAGAAACCCUAUGAAUGUAAUGGAUGUGGAGAUUUCUGUAGUUUCUCAUCCUUUUGGACACUUGUGAGAGGUCACAAGCAUGAAUAUAAAGGAUACUGGAAAACCUAUUCCUCAUCACUCACUUUACAUAGAAAAUUUUAUAGUGGAGAUAAGCUUUAUGAAUGUAAAGAAUGUGGGAAAGCCUUUAGUCAUUCCUCAUCCCUCAUUAUACAUAUAAGAACUCACAGUGGAGAGAGGUCUUAUGAAUGUAAGGAAUGUGGGAAAGCCUUUCAUCGUUCCACACACCUCACUACACUUACAACAACUCACAGUGGAGAAAGGCCUUAUGAAUGUAAGGGAUCUGGGAAAACCUUUAGUGACGCCUCCUCUCUCACUAAACGUAAAAGAAUUCACAGUGGAGAGAGGCCUUAUGAAUGUAAGGAAUGUGGGAAAGCCUUUAGUUGUUCCUCAAAUCUCACUACACAUGCAAGAAUUCACCGUGGAGAGAGGCCUUAUGAAUGUAAAGAAUGUGGGAAAGCCUUUAGUUGUUCCUCAGCACUCACUACACACAUAAGAACUCAUAGUGGAGAGAAGCCUUACGUAUGUAAGGAAUGUGGGAAAGCUUUUAGUCAGGCCUCACACCUCACUUCACAUAUAAGAACUCACAGUGGAGAGAGGCCUUAUGAAUGUAAGGAAUGUAGGAAAGCCUUUAGAGACGCCUCCUCUCUCACUAAACAUAUAAGAGUUCACAGUGGAGAGAAGCCUUACGAAUGUAAGGAAUGUGGAAAAGCCUUUAGUGUCUCCUCCUCUCUCAGUAAACAUACAAGAAUUCACCGUGGAGAGAGGCCUUAUGAAUGUAAGGAAUGUGGGAAAGCCUUUAGAGACUCCUCCUCUCUCAUUAAACACAUAGGAAUUCACAAUGAAGAGAGGCCUUAUGAAUGUACGGAAUGUGGGAAAGCCUUUAGUGAUUCUUCAUCUCUCAGUAAACACAUAGGAAUUCACAGUGAAGAGAGGCCUUACGAAUGUAAGGAAUGUGGGAAAGCCUUUAGAGACUCCUCCUCUCUCAUUAAACAUUUAAGAAUUCACAGUGGAGAGAGGCCUUAUGAAUGUAAGGAAUGUAGGAAAGCCUUUAGAGACUCCUCCUCUCUAAUUAAACAUAUAAGAAUUCAUAGUGGAGAGAAGCCUUAUGAAUGUAAGAAAUGUGGGAAAGCCUUUAGAGACUCCUCUUCUCUCACUAAACAUAUAAGAAUUCACAGUGGAGAGAGGCCUUAUGAAUGUAAAGAAUGUGGGAAAGCUUUUAUCUGUUCUUCAGCCCUCACUACACAUAGAAGAACUCAUAGAGGAGAGAGGCCUUAUGAAGAUAAGGAAUUUGGGAAAGCCUUUAAUUGUUCCUCUCACCUCGCUACACAUGUAACUCACAGUGCAGAGAGGACUUAUGAAUAUAGUUAAUGUGGGAAAGCCUUUAUUCCUCCAUCCUUAUUGAACAUCAGUAACCUCACAGUGCAGAGAGACCUUAUAAAUAUAAUAAGGGAAAGCUAUUACUGAUAACGCUUAUUUCACAGAACACAAAAGUAUAGUGAAGAGAAACCUUAUGAAUGUAAGGAAUGUGGAAGUCUUUAGUUAUUUUUUUCUCCUCUGUAGACACACUCACUGUGGAGAGAAUCCUUAAUAUAAAGAAUAUACAGAGUCUUCACAUGUCGCUCAUUCUUUGGAAUACAUCUUAGUAGAUAUACUAGAGAAAAGCAAUGUAUGUCUAAUGUUGGAUAGUUUUUAUCUGUUAUCUUUUCACAAACCUGAAAGAGAGGAUACAAGGCAGAGAAAGCAUGUGUGAGAAACGUGAGAUAUUUUUUCUCUCCAUGCUUUCAAAGACAUUGUAAUUCACGUAUAUGGAAAAGUCUUUCCUAGGUAACCCACCUGAACAUGUGAAAAGUUGCACUAGAGAGACAACAUGUAAAUGUAAGGUAACUGGGAACAUCUACACAUCUUUUUCAUUCUUGGACAACAUGUGAGAUAUACUGUGGAUUGAUGCUUUGAAGGUAAAAAUGGAAGCCUUCAGUGUUCCUUUUCACAGAGGACACCCAUGAGACCACACACGCUGGAGAGACCCCGUGACUGUAAACUUCGUAAGAAAGCCUUCAGUCACACUAUUUUCUUUAUAGUGCACAAGGGAAUUUAUACCAGGGAAGGAAUCUUAUCACAGUUACGAAAGUUACAAAUUAUGAAAUUUCAUAUUUUCAUUUUUUGAUGUAAACAUUAAGGUGAUAAAUGUCACUAUAAGUACACUCAGCUGCUGAAAGGUUGGAAUUUUAAACCUCCCUAGUGGCUCCACAGGAGAAAGACCUGGCCAUCUGCUUCCAUAAACAUUACAGCCUGAGAAACUCUUGGGACAAUUGUGUCACAUAGGGUGGUUAUGAGUCAGAAAUGGACUGGAUGGUGCCUAAUAACAAUAACAGUGGUUUCAAUUCUAGGACAUGAAUUUUGAUCAGUAGUGUUUGCAUUUUUAUUCCUUUAUAUACAAAUUCUUAAGGCUAUGUUGUGCCCACACAGAGCCCCAACAUGACCUGGCUGUACUGGAGCUUUUGUCCUGCACAGAUCCAGAGCCUGUGCUCAGGGAUAGAGUUCUGGUUUUGGUAUUUCUGACAGUCCAAGAGUUUGUGCUGGGCCAGGAGCUGAGGCUGCAUUUGCUGGGAUGGGCUGGAAUAGUGGUUACGGCUCUACCUGGUGUGCACAGCCACUGCAGGGCCUGGAGAAGAUGGGAGGCUAGCUAGGGUUCCUGUAUUAGGACACAGUGAGGAUUGUUGGGCCUGGAAGUUUAUCCAGUGCCAUUCUACCAAUGCUGAAGUGGAAUCUGACUCACUGACUCAGGAGCUUAGAAAUCAUGGCCAUAGGUAGGAGAAGCCUUCAAAUUAGACCUUUACUUGACCCAACACUUCCCCUUGUAGACUCAUCAUAUGAAUAUCCCUGGCUGCCAUGAUGGUGCCUUUUGAUAGUUAUGAUGAUAGUGAAAACCAUGAAAGUGUCCACUAGAAAGGGAGUUAAGUUCAUGCCUGGCCAUACAUCAGAAUAUUCUGUAGUCACUAAAAGGGUCACUAUAGGGUCACUGUGAAUUGAAAUCUCAACAGCAGUGGGUUUUUUGUUUAAAUGAGUUUUCAGUAUUUAACAAUGAGACAAUUUUGGAAUAUGAGUUGAUAAAUGCAUUAAGCAUUAUAAUCAUUCACACAAUGAAAGUACAGAAUAGUACCUUUCUUCCCGCCAGAAACGUCCCUCGUGCACUGUGUAGCUUUCUGAUUCUGGCUUUCACUUAGCAUAACGCAUUUGAGAGGAAUCCACACUGAUGCACAUAGUUUGUUUCUCUGUAUUGCUGUACAGUAUUACAUUGUGUAGUUAUACUACAGUUUGUGUAUUCACCAUUUGGAGGACAGGUGUAUUUCCAGUUGUUAUGAAUAAAGAUGAUAUAAACAUUCUUUUGCAGGUUUUAUGUGAACAUAAAGUUUCUAUUUUUCUCAUAUAUGUAUUAAUUUUAUCUUGCGGAAUGUAUGUAGUAGUUUUAAAAUCAUAAUACUAAUAGUAAAGUCGUGUCAUUUAAUGUCCAUGAUACAUUCUGUGAAAUAGGACGUUAUGUGAUUUGGAUGUGCGGACAUGUCUAAAUGACUAGCAAUGGCAUUCACUGAUUUUCCACUUUCAUGUUUAAUAACCUUUUGUUUCACCUCAUAUCGAUUCUUCUCCUUUGCCUCUUGCUGCUGCUAUCACUAGCACUGAUUUUGCUGCAUUUGGGAGCCAUGAUGCACUUCAUGGUAAUUUUGAAAGAAAAUUAGAUAAUGCUACAACACUCAAGAUGCGCAAUCCACGAGAUUGGAUACUGCUGCCUACAAGUCAAAGCAUACACCGUUUUACGGUAAACUUUAUUUGUAAGUAGGGAAAUUUCACAUUAAAAUAAUGAUACAAAGUACGGUCCAUAUAUAAGCUAGUAACGCGUUUAUUAUGAUUAUCGAGACACAUAGAUUACGUAUGUAGUGUACCAUUAAUACACCUGUCAGUGCAAUCACUUUGUACACAAGAGACGGGAGAUACACGUGUUGUGUG